AUUUAAUCUGUAGCACCUAGUUCCCCAGAGGCUCCCAGCCUGAACUGGAAGUGGGCAGUACUCUGGAGACGUGGGAGUCAACGCCACCCAGAAAUCUCUGACUGUCUCAGGAGAAAACAAAGUUGGGAAAAUGUUUGCGGUACACUUGAUGGCGUUUUACUUCACCAAGCUGAAGGAGGAUCAGAUCAAGAAGGUGGACAGGUUCCUGUACCACAUGCGGCUCUCCAAUGAGGCCCUUCUGGACAUCAUGACUCGGUUCCAGGCUGAAAUGCAGAAGGGCCUGGGGAAGGACACCCACCCCACAGCGUCGGUGAAGAUGCUGCCCACCUUCGUCAGGGCCAUUCCAGAUGGCUCAGAAAAUGGGGAGUUUCUUUCCCUGGAUCUUGGAGGAUCUAAGUUUCGAGUCUUGAAGGUACAAGUCUCUGAAGAGGGGAAACAAACUGUCCAGAUGGAGAGUCAGUUCUACCCAACACCCAAUGAAAUCAUCCGAGGGAACGGCUCCGAGCUGUUUGAAUACGUAGCUGACUGCCUGGCAGAUUUCAUGAACACCAAAGGGUUGAAGCAUAAGAAACUGCCCCUUGGCCUAACCUUUUCUUUUCCCUGCAGACAGACCAAACUGGAAGAGGGUGUCCUGCUUUCAUGGACCAAGAAGUUUAAGGCCCGGGGAAUUCAGGACACGGAUGUAGUGAGCCGUUUAACCAAAGCCAUUAAAAACCACAAGGACAUCGAUGUGGAUAUCCUGGCCUUGGUCAAUGACACCGUGGGAACCAUGAUGACGUGUGCCUAUGAUGAUCCUUACUGUGAAGUUGGUGUCAUCAUUGGCACCGGCACCAAUGCCUGCUACAUGGAGGAGCUGAGCAACAUCGACCUGGUGGAAGGCGACGAGGGCAGGAUGUGCAUCAACACCGAGUGGGGGGCCUUCGGGGACGACGGGGCGCUGGAAGACAUCCGCACUGAGUUCGACCGGGACCUGGACCUCGGCUCUCUCAACCCAGGGAAGCAGCUGUUUGAGAAGAUGAUCAGCGGCCUGUACCUGGGCGAGCUCGUCAGGCUCAUCUUGGUGAAGAUGGCCAAGGCGGGCCUCCUGUUUGGCGGCAAGAAGUCCUCCAGUCUCCACACUAAGGGCAAGAUUGAAACACGACAUGUGGCUGCCAUGGAGAAGUACAAAGAAGGCCUGGCCAAUACGAGAGAGAUCCUCACGGAUCUGGGCCUGGACCCCUCGGAGGCCGACUGCGUCGCGGUCCAGCAUGUCUGCACCAUCGUCUCCUUCCGCUCAGCCAACCUGUGCGCAGCGGCCCUGGCGGCCAUCCUGACUCGCCUGCGGGAGAACAAGAAGCUGAUGCGGCUGCGGACCACGGUGGGCGUGGACGGCACGCUCUACAAGAUCCACCCUCAAUACCCAAAACGCCUGCACAAAGUGGUGAGGAAACUGGUCCCGAACUGUGACGUCCGCUUCCUCCUGUCGGAGAGUGGCAGCACCAAGGGGGCAGCCAUGGUGACAGCGGUGGCCUCCCGCGUGCAGGCCCAGCGGAAGCUCAUUGACCAGGUGCUGGCUUUGUUCCAGCUGACCCGAGAGCAGCUCGUGGAUGUGCAGGACAAGAUGCGGGCUGAGCUCGAGUAUGGGCUGAAGAGGGACACGCACCUGCUGGCCACAGUCAAGAUGCUGCCCACCUACGUCUGUGGGAUGCCGGAUGGCACAGAGAAAGGGAAGUUCCUUGCCCUGGACCUGGGGGGAACCAACUUCCGGGUCCUCCUGGUGAAAAUCAGAAGUGGACGAAGGUCAGUGAGAAUGUACAACAAGAUCUUCGCCAUUCCUUUGGAGAUCAUGCAGGGCACCGGCGAGGAGCUGUUUGACCACAUCGUGCAGUGCAUCGCCGACUUCUUGGACUACAUGGGCCUCAAGGGAGCCCAGUUGCCUCUGGGCUUCACGUUCUCCUUUCCCUGCAGGCAGACGGGCAUUGAUAAGGGGACACUCAUUGAGUGGACCAAAGGCUUUAAGGCUACUGACUGUGAAGGGGAAGACAUGGUGGACAUGCUCAGGGAAGCCAUCAAGAGGAGAAACGAAUUUGACCUGGACAUAGUUGCAGUCGUGAAUGACACAGUGGGGACCAUGAUGACCUGUGCCUAUGAAGAUCCCAAGUGUGAGAUUGGCCUGAUUGCGGGAACGGGCAGCAACAUGUGCUACAUGGAGGACAUGAAGAACAUCGAGCUGGUGGAAGAGGAUGAAGGGAGGAUGUGCAUCAACACUGAGUGGGGCGGAUUUGGAGAUAAUGGCUGUAUAGAUGGCAUCCGGACCCAGUAUGACAAGGAGGUGGAUGAGGGGUCCUUGAAUCCUGGCAAACAGAGAUAUGAGAAGAUGACCAGUGGGAUGUACCUGGGGGAGAUUGUGCGGCAGAUCCUGAUUGACCUGACCAAGCAGGGGCUCCUCUUCCGUGGGCAGAUUUCAGAGCGUCUCCGGACCAGAGGCAUCUUUGAGACCAAGUUCCUGUCCCAGAUUGAAAGCGAUCGGCUGGCCCUCCUCCAGGUUAGGAGAAUCCUGCAGCAGCUCGGCUUAGACAGCACCUGUGAGGACAGCGUCGUGGUGAAGGAGGUGUGCGGAGCUGUGUCCCGUCGGGCGGCCCAGCUCUGUGGCGCUGGCAUGGCUGCCAUCGUGGAGAAAAGGAGGAAAGACCAGGGGCUGGAGCACCUGACGAUCACUGUGGGCGUGGACGGCACCCUGUACAAGCUGCACCCUCACUUUUCUUCGAUAUUACAGGAAACUGUGAAAGAACUAGCCCCUCAAUGUGAUGUGACAUUCAUGCUGUCAGAAGAUGGCAGUGGAAAGGGAGCAGCUCUGAUCACUGCUGUGGCCAAGAGGUUGCAGCAGGCACAGGAGAACUAGGAAGCCCCGUGGCUGGGCCCAGCGUGCCUUGGAUACUGACCAACCUUUCCUCGGCAGAUGAGUUGAUCAGGGGCCAACAGGCAAGCUUCUGGCUGACUUCGCCUUCUGGAUGGCUGAAAGAGAACCCCAGGUUCUCGAGUAUUCUUAGCAUUUUGUUACUAGUUUUCAAGGGCAGUACAUGCUCUCCCUAUUUGCCAUAUUUGGACCCAAGAUGGGCCAACUGGUAAAAUCAAAGCGUGUGGCUUGAGAGAUCCCUUUUUAGCACAGUUUUCAGUUGAGGCCUGACCUGUCAGUUCUCUAUGGCUUUGGGUCUUGUGGCUGCUGGGCUUGCAACAUAUGCACCAUGUGCCCGUGUGGCCCGGCUGGCUCAGCUCCCGCUGGUGUGCUUCGACUGUCGCUGUAGCAGAUUGGCCCUCUGCUUGUGGGUGCACACUCGAGAGGGUGAGGGACGCAUGUCAUAAACCGGAGAUCUAAUCUAACUUGUCCUUAACUUGUCAUGUUGACUCCAAAACUUUGGAGUAUUCAGCCCCAGGAUGGAGGAGGAGGGAUUGCCAGGAAGCCUGCAGGAGGCUUUUCGUGCUCGUGGGGAGUAGUGUCAGCAUCUCAAUACCCAUGUGUCAUUGGCAGGGGUGUCAUUUGGGGCACUUGUUUUUCAUUUUACAUGUGGUUUGUGUUGCUUUUGGUAAUACUUGUUUUAAGAACUGUUGGGUAUAUGAAAUCCAGUAAAUGAAUAAAAAAUAUUUUAUUUCCCAA